UCUGAGUUUGACUACAGGGGGCCGCAGUGAGUUUUGAAAUUCCUGCAUUUAGCACAGCAGAGGAAGAAAUACCGAACACGUGAUGACUUUGGUGUGAUAUUGAUGGAAGGAAGCUGUUCUGGGCAGAAAUGAACACGUUACGAGCAACAUUUCUGCGCUUUUCGGGGUCCAAAUUUUUGUUUUGGAGCAAUGGCACACACCCAACUGUGUUUAGCUGCAGUCAACAACGCUCUAUCAGUUCUUUGAUUCUAUCAAGGACAGGAGCAGACCAGAGAACUGUCCUGCAAGGAACACUUAAUGUCAAAGCAGAAGGAGCCUGUGUUUUCCAGCAACCACUCUGGCACUAUCUACAGGUCCGGACAGGCAAACGUGGGACAGAAUAUCAGCCAAAGAACAUCAAACGAAAGAGGACCCAUGGUUGGAUCAAAAGAAUCAGCACUCCGGGUGGCAUCGAAGUAAUCCUGCGGCGAAUGCUCAAAGGGCGAAAAUCCCUUACGCAUUGAAACUCCAUACAGAACAGUUGCUUUGAUAAAGCUUUGAAGUGAAUGUCAGCUUUUCAUUGGAGUUAUUGGUUUACAUUUAAAGUUGUUGUCAAAUUAAAGAAAUGAAUGAAAGGAAUACCUGAUAGCAUCAA